ACAAAAUCGGGCAAAAAAAACGUUUAUAAGAACCAAUCCGCCGCCCGCUAGAUACAGAAUUAUCUUGCCGGUUGAUAAUAUCGCAUUCGAGGGCGCUUUUUCGUUCAUUUUGGUGUGUCCGACUUUUCGGUCUAAACCGGAAGAAAAAUGUGCAAAAUCGCAGUCUGCGUUGUUGCCGCGUUGCUGGCGUGCGGCGUUGCCGCCGCCCCGGCCAUCAAGGACGAGCUGAUGACCGAACUCGGCGAUGACACCGCCACGGUGGAAUCGACGGUCAGGGAGGCCCGGGCUGCCCCCAGCCAUAUCGGGGAUCUGCUCAAACCAGGUGUCAAGGACGCCUACAUCUACGUGUACGGGAAUUCCGGGGAUGACGAGGGAGAUCUCCACGGAUACUCGAAAAAAAUGGACGACAAAGGACAGGACGGAUACAAACACUACGACAGCUACCAUAAAAAAGACGGAGACAAGUACGGAUACGAAAAACACUCCGAGUACGGCCAAGGGAAUAAGGCGAAAGCGGAAGCCGAAGAUGACAGUGGGGAGAAAGAAGAGAAAGAAUCAGACGACGACGGCGAAGAGACCAGAGCUCACCACGUCACCGAAGAACUCCACAAGGACGACAAAAAGAAGAAGAACGUAGAAAGUUACGGAUUCGAUGACGAAGGAGCGGGAUACUACGGUUCAUCGGAGGCCGACGGUGAUGCCGAAGAGGAAGGUGAUGGCGGAAGUUACGAAUACGAAGAAGCCGAGGAAUCGGAAGAAGCCGAGGAUGACUACUGAGGAUUCAAAUUGGACGUUCAUGCAAUUCCAGCCUGUUCCGUCUCUUCGUUUUCUUCUUUCUAAUUAACACUUUUCUAUUAUUAUUAGUUUGUUUUUUUUUUCUGUUACGUUGUUGUAUUUUGUUUUUAGUUUUAGUUACGUUUGAAACGUUUGGCUGUUUCUUGUUUUGUUGUGUUGUUUCGUAUUUCGUUUUUUUUACUUAUUUAUCAUAAUGUGUAACUUCCGUCAGGCUUAAUAUAAGGUUAUGUUAGCGUUGCUUUACUCGUGUUUCUUGCUACUAUUGGUUAAGAGGCAAUUAUAAAAUAUUCAUCAGUAGUUUACUUAUUUUUCUGUUCUGCAAAGCAUGUAAAUUAAAUUUUUAUUUUACAAUACCUUAUUAUGCAACAAGUUCGAUAAACGCCACUUUAGUCACUAAGGGAGAAGCGAACGAAGAGAACUUGUUAAUUAAUUUUUCUACCACCAUUAGUUUUUGGGUACAUUCUUGCAAAACAUCUAUGAGAUGACCGUCAGAACCGACAAUCAUUGGUUUACUAACAAUACAGACCAAUCAUGCAAUAUACCAUAUAUGAAUAUGAAGAUUUAACAACUUUACCCUCUGGUGGUACACGCAGAGGACGAAGAAAAGGGAAGAACGACUCAUUUCACCUUUGAAAAUUGCUUUUAAUAAAUUCAACAACUGUAACACGAUAGUUUUCUCACACCUCUUGCUAACUGGCAAGUAGCAGAACGAUGUGGUAUCGUUCACAGCCAGAUAUAACAACAUUCAUACCAAAUACAACCUUUUAAGAUUCAGCCUCCAAAGGAAAAGUUUAUAGAAAUAGGGAGGAGCAUGGAAUAUUAUUAUUAACAACUGCAAUAGUGAAUAGUGAAUAUUUUCUGUUAUUUCUUUCUAAUUGUCCAGUAGCACAAAGAUGUGGUGUCGUUCACAGUGAUAUAUAACACCAAUGAUUCCAAAUACAACCUUUUAAAAGGGAAGGAGAAGGAUAUGAAGACCCACCAGCCACUAACUAUAGCAACACUCAUAGCGAAAUACGACACCAAUACAAAUGUUUAUGAAAUUCGUCCUUCAAGGAAGAAGAAAGAUAUCAAGAUUCGACAACAUAGAAGUAAUGACAGCCCUUAAACAGGUCUUUGUAGGUUCAUAAGAAGAAGAAAGAAGGAAAUAUGUUAUAAUAUAUUUCUUAAAAACUGGAACAUAAUAGUAAAUAUUUUCUAUGACAACUCUGUCCAGUAGCGGAACUGUCUAGUAUA